UCAACAUUAAAAUUUUAUGGAAUGACUAUGGAUCCAAAAACUAAAGAAUUUAUGAUGAUUAUAGAAUUUGCGAAUAAGGGAAGUUUGAGUAAUAUUCUUUCAAAAAAUUUUAGCAAUCUUUUAUGGAAAGAUAAAAUAAAAUUGUUAUAUUUCGUAACGAUAGACCUUAAGAACUUACAUGAACUGGGAUAUCUUCAUAUGGACCUUCACAGUGGAAAUAUCUUACAAAAUGGUGAGGCUUCUUAUAUUUCAGAUUUUGGAUUAUCUGGGCCAGCAGGCAAACAAGAAUCUCAGGAUAAAUUAUAUGGAGUUUUACCAUAUAUUGCACCAGAAGUUUUGAAUAGAGAGCCAUAUACAUUUUCUUCUGAUAUUUACAGUUUUGGUAUAAUUAUGACUGAAUUAUCAUCUGGAAAACCGCCAUUCCAUAGUAGAGAACAUGACCUUAGCUUAGCAUUAGAUAUAUGUAACGGAACUAGACCAGAAUUUGGCAAAGAUACUCCAGAAAUUUAUAAGAAACUAGCUUAUAGAUGUAUGAAUGCUAAUUCAAUCCAAAGACCAACAGUUAUUGAGUUAAAUGAG